AUGAAACUCCAAUCAUCCCCUCUGGCCCUUAUCCUUGGCCUCCUCGUCCUGAGCGCUGCUAACCCCGUCUCUAUCCCAGCAAGGGAUGGCAGUGUUUCCAUCCCCAAUGAAAAGAGAGGCGGCGUAUGUGGCUCUUGCUUCAAGGGCCCCCGCCCCCCCGGCCGUGGCAGUGGCGGCGGCAGCAUUCCUGGUGGAGCCGUCGGAGGGCCCGGGGGAAGCCGUGGUCCUGGUAGCGUCGCCAGCUCUCAAGGCAACGGUGGCUCCCAAUACGGUGGGGCUUCUCAGCAGGGCAGCGUUCAGCAUGGUGAAGCAUCCCCUCCCAUCCAGGGAGAGGGGACGCCUCCUGACGCUGCGGCAGGUUCCCGUGAUGGCACCGACAGUGUCCCGAUUGGAAGCGACGAGGGAUCGUCCCUGCCGGUUGAGCAGAACGCUCUGCGAAGGGGCACAGCGCUUAAGGCCAGGCUUGACCUUGCUUCGCGAAAUCAGCCCGUUCCUGAAUCGAAGCCCAUCCUGAGCAAGGACGAGUACUUGAAGAUAAUUCCUGUGGAUCGAUGGACCCGUAAUGUGCAGAGUGAUGUUCCCAUCGAGGCGAGCAUCUUGAACAAUUCCUCCCAGACGGGAAGCAUGAUGUGGGGCACCGACGCCUUCCGCCAGGACGGACCUGACGCUAUUACCUUCGGGAGAUACUCCGAGAAGAUUCCCCUCGAAGACCGCCCCUUCACCUCCGAGCACCAGUUUUUCGCUUGGGAAGAUGCCCGUGUUAUGAACCCGCUGACAAAGCCUCUCUGGUGGAUGGGGUCGCUCAACAUCGUCAACCGUGAAGGUCAGGGUAUUAUUGAGGACGCGCAGAGGAGUCUUGCGGCGGGGCAAAGGCCCUUUGUUGUCACCCCGGCCAAUGAGCCACACUGGACUGAGUUUCUCGGUUCCAGCCUUGGUGGUUUCCGCUUCCAUUUCCUGGUCGACCGCGCUCAGGACAUGGGGAACAUCGUGCCGAGGAGAGCAUUUGUCUACGCCGACGCUAGUAAAGGGGCUAACCCGUCCUCGAAGGACUAUCACGUCAUGUGGCAGGUCGGUCCGGCAGAGGCCGGACCGGUCUCAGUUAAGAACCGGAUGUUGGUUAUGGUGCGCAUGUUGACAUAG